CCAGCCCAGCCCCCGCCCCCGGCCCGGCCCCGCUCGGCUCAGCUCGGCUCGCAGCCCCGCGGAGGCUCCGCCGCCGCCGCCGCACGAUGCCGGGGCCCCGCGGGCUCUGCCUGCUCGCCCUGCUGCUCGCCAGCCCCGCGGCCCCGCGCCCGGACAGCGGAUCAGGAGCAGCGCUGGUCCCCUCCAGCCCAGACCCUCUCGCUGUGGAUGAGCAGGUGGAGAAGAUGGCUGGUGGAGCUGGGGAGCUUGAGCACGCCACGGGUUCGGCCAGCAGAACCAGGGAGCUUGAGCAUGCCACGGGUUUGGCCAGCAGAACCAGGGAGCUUGGGCAUGCCCCGGGUUCAGCCAGAAGAGCCGGGGAGCUUGGGCAUGCCACGGGUUCAGCUGGUGGAGCUGGAGAGCUCGAUCACACCAUGGGUUUAACUGGCAGAGCUGGGAAGCUCAGUCACACCAUAGGUUCUGCUGGUGGAGCCGGGAAGCUCGGUCAUGCCACUGCCCUCAACCUGCUGCCAGCCGGGGAGGAUGGCAUCGAUCCAGCAGCAGAGACUACACUGAUGGUGCGGAGCCGCAUCCUGCAAACACCCACUGCCGCCCCCAACGCUGAUGCCAAACAAACUUUCCCUGUUAAGAAAAAGCCACCUACUCUAAAGAAAGUAAAUACCGCAAGGAAGCACCUGCGGCCCAAGCCCACCCUGCCAGGGCCCCCCAGGGCUGUCACCCCAGCCAACCCGCUGGGCUCUGGGCUCCCUGAUGCUUUCCAGGAGCCACGUGCACCGGCAGAGGCAGCAGCUGGGAUGGGGAAUGUGGAGCAGAGCCCCCCUGAGCUGCCCUGGGCCACCACCAGCCACCCUGCACUGCAGAUCUCUCCAUCCACCCUGCCGCCGGUGGUCCCUCGGCUCUUCCCCGAUGGUGGGGGCGAUGCCAGUGAGGCUCCAACCGUGGCUCCUGCCAACGCUGCCGUGAACCGGACAAACAGUGUGGAGAGUGAGAUGCAUGGCUCUGCAUCAGAAGAAAGCCAAGAAACCACCACGUCCACCAUCAUCACCACCACUGUCAUAACCACAGAGCCCACACCAGUCCUCUGCAGCAUGAGUUUCCAUGAACCCGAGGGCUACAUCGACUCCACGGACUACCCCCCGCUGCCCCUGCAUAGCUACCUGGAGUGCACCUACAAUGUCACGGUCUACACAGGCUACGGCGUCGAGCUCCAGGUGAAGAGCGUGAACCUGUCAGAUGGGGAGGUGCUCUCCAUCCGUGGGGUGGAUGGCGAUUCCCUGGUGGUCCUGGCCAACCAGACCCUGCUGGUGGAGGGCCAGGUGAUCCGCAGCCCCACCAACACCAUCUCCGUCUACUUCCGCACCUUCCAGGAUGAGGUGGUGGGGACCUUCCAGCUCCACUACCAGGUGUUUAUGCUGAGCUGCAACUUUCCACGGAGACCUGACUUUGGAGAUGUCACCGUGAUGGAUUUGCACUCGGGUGGAAUUGCUCAUUUUCACUGUCACCUGGGCUACGAGCUGCAGGGUCCCAGGGUGCUCACAUGCAUCAACGCGUCGAGGCCACACUGGAGCAGUCCAGAGCCAAUCUGUUCAGCACCCUGCGGUGGGACAGUCCACAAUGCCACCAUCGGCCGCGUCCUCUCGCCCAGCUACACGGGGAACCAGUCGAGCAGCAUGUACUGCGUGUGGGUGAUCGGGGCCCCCGUGGGCCAGAAGCUGCAUCUGCACUUUGAGAAGCUCCUGCUGACUGAGAAAGACAGGAUGGUGGUGUACAGUGGGGACACAAACCAGUCCGCCAUCCUCUACGACUCACUGCGUGCUGACAGUGUGCCCUUCGAAGGGGUCAUCAGCGAUGGCUCGUCCAUCAGGAUCGACUUCCUUGCAGAGGAGCCCGCGGCUGCUACGGCUUUCAACAUACGCUUUGAAGCCUUUGAGCGGGGCCACUGCUACGAACCCUACAUCCAGAAUGGGAACUUCACCACCUCUGACCCCACCUACAACCUGGGCACCACUGUGGAGUUUACAUGUGACCCCGGGCACUCCCUGGAGCAGGGCCCCGCCGUCAUCGAGUGCAUCAACAUGCGGGACCCAUACUGGAAUGACACGGAGCCGCUGUGCCGAGCCAUGUGUGGGGGAGAGCUGACCGCUGUGGCUGGGGUGAUCCUGUCCCCCAACUGGCCAGAGCCCUACACGGAGGGAGAGGACUGCAUCUGGAGGGUCCACGUCGGUGAGGAGAAGCGGCUCUUCUUGGACAUCCAGCUCCUCAACCUCACCAACAGUGACAUCCUCACAAUUUACGAUGGGGACGAGCUCACCGCUCGCAUCCUGGGGCAGUACGUCGGCAGCAGUGGUCCCCAGAAGCUCUACUCCUCCAGCCCUGACCUCACCAUCCAGUUCCACUCAGAUCCUGCUGGGCUCAUCUUUGGAAAAGGGCAAGGAUUCAUCAUGAACUACAUAGAGGUGUCCCGCAACGACUCCUGCUCCGACCUACCUGAGAUCCAGAAUGGCUGGAAGACCACAUCGCACACGGAGCUGGUGAGAGGUGCCAAGAUCACCUACCAGUGCGACCCGGGCUAUGACAUUGUGGGGAGUGACACCCUCACCUGCCAGUGGGACCUCAGCUGGAGCAGUGACCCCCCCUUCUGUGAAAAGAUUAUGUACUGCACAGACCCGGGGGAGGUGGAGCACUCGACCCGCCUCAUCUCCGACCCGGUGCUGCUGGUGGGGACCACCAUUCAGUACACGUGCAACCCCGGCUUCGUGCUGGAGGGCAGCUCGCUGCUGACCUGCUACAGCCGUGAGACGGGGACACCCAUCUGGACUUCACGGCUCCCCCACUGUGUCUCUGAGGAGUCGCUGGCCUGUGAUAAUCCAGGACUGCCAGAAAACGGCUACCAAAUACUUUAUAAGCGCCUCUACUUGCCAGGAGAGUCCUUGACCUUCAUGUGCUACGAGGGCUUUGAACUCAUGGGGGAGGUCACCAUCAAGUGCAUCCUGGGCCAGCCGUCCCACUGGAGUGGACCCCUACCCAUCUGCAAAGUGAAUCAAGACAGCUUUGAACAUGCUCUGGAAGUAGCAGAAGCUGCUGCAGAGACAUCGCUCGAGGGGGGAAAUAUGGCCUUAGCCAUCUUCAUCCCAGUGCUGAUCAUCUCCUUGCUGCUGGGAGGAGCGUACAUCUAUCUCACAAGGUGUCGGUACUACUCCAGCCUCCGCCUGCCCCUCAUGUACUCCCACCCCUACAGUCAGAUCACAGUAGAAACGGAGUUCGACAAUCCAAUUUAUGAGACAGGGGAAACAAGAGAAUACGAGGUUUCAAUAUAAGGACAGCAGUAAGAGAGUCUCCGGCUGCGAACUUAAUGUGCUCUCAUAGAACUUCCUCAGUAACUAAUCCAGAGACCACGUGGAGUUUGGUUGGACCCCUGGACCUGCUGUUGUCUUUCCUUUUGCCUCUUUAUUGAAGAUUUUACUGUUUUCUUCACUGUAUUUAUUCUAUUUAAACUGCGAUAGGCGUGCUGCAGAGCCCCGGGCGCGGGCAGCAGCGGGAGCCAGGGCAGAGCUGCGUCCUGGCGAGGCCACGGGGGCACCUGCAGUCCCCGUCCCAGCACAGCAGCGCAUCCCUCGCCGGUGCCCACACACGACAUGCGGGGCGAUCAUUUUGCAGUUCUGAUGUUGUUCAAAAUUAAAAAUGUCUCCGUUGCAAGAGCCUGCAGUUGAUUGCUUGGAGCUGAGGUAGGUGCAGGGUUUGCCACAGGGUCCCAGGGGUGCUGCCAGCCCUCCCCGUCCUGCAGCUCCCAGCUCCCCUCGCCCUAAGCAGGAGCUGCAACCGCGGGCUUGGGGACUGUCACCAGCACAGGGACUGUCCUUGCUUCGAGGAAGCAGAGCGUGGCUCAGGAAAGCUGCUGGAUGGUGCAGAGCUCUGCUUGCCACGCUGGGAAGCAGGGAAUGGCCUGGCACGCAAGAGGUAGAUGCUGCUUUCUUUUCCUGCUUUGCUUUGGGUGCUGGAGAGGCAGCGAGCCAGGACUCGGAGCUCGGUGGAGAAGCAUUAACCAGUGGCCCCGGAGAGCUGGGAGAAGCAUCCCUGCAGUGAUGGGGAGCUCUGCAGCUGGUGCCUCUUUGCUCACACCAGUUAUUCCUCUUUAGUAACUCUUACCGUGGCCCUUCCCAGGAAAACCUUGGUCCUACUAACGGCUAGAGGUCACCCCUUGCUCCCCAGUAGCAUCUCAGGGUAAGCAGGAUGGACUGGGCUCCCUCCUCCUGGCUGUGCGGUCCCUGUUCAUUGCAGGAGGAUCCUCUGCCUCCUUCGGCAUGUGGGCAGAGACGGGGACACCCGGCACCUCUGUGGGUCUGCAGCCCCUCGGGGUUGGCACCUUGCUGGGGUGGGAGAUGGAGAGGGGCAGGGGCUGGAGGUUUAUUGGGGACGCAAAGGCAGGCAGGCAGUGUGUCUGGGCUCCAGCACAGGAGCAAAACAGACAGAAAUCAGCCCAUCAGCGCUGGUCCCACUGCAGGCAAACCCCAGUUUGAGCCUCAGCAUCCCCUGCACUCCUUCUCUGCCUUCACCCCUACACCUGAGGGGCUUCCCUCUAUCUGCGAGGACAGGGACUCCAUAGGGCCACCUCCUCUCCAGCCAGGCCCUGGGGACAGCAGUGAAACCACCGAUGUGUCCUUGGCUGCUGGGGGCUUGUAAAACAGCAAUUUUAACCACAGGAUGCUGAUUUAGAUUUGGGAUGGUUAGUGCAUCUCUCCAGUGUACAGCUCAGAAUUAGGGUGGGUUUCUUUUUUUCCUUUAAAAACAAUGAAUGUGUGUUUGUAAUUUGUAAAAGUUAAAAAAAAAAAAAAAGGAAAAAAAAAAAAAACGUGCCAAAAAUGUACUAAGCAUUUCAUUUCCCUUCAUACCUGUCUGUUUUUAUAAGAACAAUGUGAAAAU